ACACCCAAAAUGCCUAUCAACCAACCCUCCAACCAGAUCAAGUUCACCAACGUGUCGGUAGUCCGACUAAAGAAGGGCAAGAAGCGCUUUGAACUCGCCUGCUACAAGAACAAACUGCUCGAAUACCGAUCCGGCGCUGAAAAAGAUCUCGACAAUGUCCUCCAAGUCCCAACCGUCUUCCUCUCCGUCUCCAAAGCACAAACCGCCCCGUCAGCAGAGCUAGCAAAAGCCUUCGGAAACGGCACCCCUCGGGAGGAAAUUCUGCAAGAGAUCCUCCGUAAAGGUGAAGUGCAAGUUGGCGAGCGUGAGCGCAAAGAUAUCCUCGAGCGAGUGGAGAAGGAAGUACUGGAUAUCGUGUCAGGCCGACUAGUCGAUCCCUCAACCAAGCGCGUGUACACAUCGGGAAUGAUCCAUAAGGCGUUGGAUCAACUAUCCUCAGCCAGCGGACAACAACAGACACAAGCGAGCGGGGAGGCGAAUGGAGAUGGCGACGAGAAACCCUCCCAACCGAAGAAGCCGCUAUGGACGGGAGUUUCGGCAAACCGCUCGGCAAAGAGUCAAGCGUUGGAUGCCAUGAAGGCUCUCAUCGCUUGGCAGCCGAUCCCCGUUAUGCGGGCUCGCAUGCGUCUUCGUGUGACAUGCCCAGUGCCCCUGCUCAAGCAGUCUGUCAAGGCUGCUCCAGGUGCUGGGUCGAAUAAGGAGAAGGAAGCCCCAUCCGGUGGCUCCAAGAACAACAAGAAGGGGAAUAAGGGAUCGAAGAAGUCUGCUAAGAGGGAUGAUUCAGACAUUGAGGGUGGUCAGUCUGAUGUGGAAGCUACGUCCAAGGCUCCAAGCACCGUCAAGGACAAAAUCAUGGCCUUUAUUGAGUCAGUUGAAUCGCAAGAAGUUGUUGGUGGGGAUGAAUGGGAGGUUGUUGGUUUUGCUGAGCCCGGUGCAUUCAAGGGAUUGAAUGAACUGGUGAGCAAUGAGACCCGCGGAAGAGGCCGGGUUGAGGUUCUGGACAUGUCGAUCACACAUGAGGAUUGA